GGGGAUAGACCACUUGUCCCAUGGGUUGACCAGCUCCGUGAGUGUUUGCUUAGAGGUAGGGGCAGGGCUUUCCAAGGUCGGGUCAGGCUGCUAAGUGAAGUUCUGCAUCCCCGAAGGGCGCCACCAAAGCGGGGAUCUGUGUCUGGCAAGCGUCCUAAACCUCGGGGUCCUUCCUGGUCACCGACUUAGCUAGGUGACAGGGGCAUGUGGAGAGCCACCCUGCUCACCGGCUGACUUGGAGCGAUGCUCCCCCGGUGGCGCGUUGGGCGGCUUGUAGGUCCUUUCUACGCGCUCUCUGGGAAGUGCGUGGGAUGAGCAUCCGCAGCUUUCGGGCAGACCCAGGGUGGGUGGGGCGGUCCCCCAGGCUGCUCCGUGGCCACCUUGGGAACGCAACUUUUCCUGGGGGAGCGCCGAGAGGAGAGCAUCGGAGCACGACAUGAUGGACUAGCAUGGCCUGAAGCAUGGCUCAGUUCUAUUAUAAAAGAAGUGUCAACGCCCCCUACCGAGACCGCAUUCCUCUGAGGAUUGUCAGAGCAGAAUCUGAACUCUCCCCAUCAGAGAAAGCCUACUUGAACGCCGUGGAAAAGGGGGACUAUGCAAGUGUCAAGAAGUCUCUCGAGGAAGCCGAGAUUUAUUUUAAAAUCAACAUUAACUGCAUCGACCCCCUUGGGAGGACUGCCCUUCUCAUCGCCAUUGAAAACGAGAACCUGGAGCUUAUUGAACUCCUUUUGAGUUUCAACGUCUAUGUUGGUGAUGCACUGCUUCAUGCUAUCCGGAAAGAGGUGGUUGGAGCUGUGGAGCUAUUGCUCAACCACAAAAAGCCAAGUGGAGAGAAGCAGGUGCCUCCCAUUCUCCUUGAUAAGCAGUUCUCCGAAUUCACUCCAGACAUCACACCUAUCAUCUUGGCUGCACAUACAAACAAUUAUGAGAUAAUCAAACUUUUGGUCCAGAAAGGUGUCUCGGUGCCAAGACCCCACGAGGUCCGCUGUAACUGUGUUGAGUGUGUCUCCAGCUCGGACGUGGACAGCCUCAGGCACUCACGGUCCAGGCUCAACAUCUACAAGGCUUUGGCCAGCCCCUCGCUCAUCGCCCUGUCAAGUGAAGACCCUUUCCUCACGGCCUUUCAGUUAAGCUGGGAGCUGCAGGAACUAAGCAAGGUGGAGAAUGAGUUCAAGUCGGAGUACGAGGAGCUGUCUAGACAGUGCAAACAAUUUGCUAAGGACCUCCUAGAUCAGACAAGGAGUUCCAGAGAGCUGGAAAUCAUUCUUAAUUACCGUGAUGACAAUAGUCUGAUCGAAGAACAGAGUGGAAAUGAUCUUGCGAGGCUAAAAUUAGCCAUUAAGUACCGUCAAAAAGAGUUUGUUGCCCAGCCCAACUGCCAGCAGCUGCUUGCGUCCCGCUGGUACGACGAGUUCCCAGGCUGGAGGAGAAGACACUGGGCAGUGAAGAUGGUGACGUGUUUCAUAAUAGGACUGCUUUUUCCCGUCUUCUCCGUGUGCUACCUGAUAGCCCCUAAAAGCCCACUUGGACUGUUCAUCAGAAAGCCAUUUAUCAAGUUUAUCUGCCACACAGCCUCCUAUUUGACCUUUUUGUUCCUGCUGCUGCUUGCCUCUCAGCACAUCGACAGGUCAGACUUGAACAGGCAAGGUCCACCACCAACCAUCGUGGAAUGGAUGAUAUUACCGUGGGUCCUGGGUUUUAUAUGGGGAGAAAUUAAACAAAUGUGGGACGGCGGACUUCAGGAUUACAUCCACGACUGGUGGAAUUUAAUGGACUUUGUGAUGAAUUCCUUGUAUCUGGCAACAAUCUCCUUGAAGAUUGUCGCAUUUGUAAAGUACAGUGCUCUGAACCCAAGAGAAUCAUGGGACAUGUGGCACCCCACCCUGGUGGCAGAGGCUUUAUUUGCUAUUGCAAACAUCUUCAGCUCCCUGCGCCUGAUCUCACUGUUCACUGCAAAUUCUCACCUGGGGCCUCUGCAGAUAUCUCUGGGAAGAAUGCUUCUGGACAUCCUAAAGUUCUUAUUCAUAUACUGCCUCGUACUGCUAGCUUUUGCAAAUGGCCUCAAUCAACUGUACUUCUACUAUGAAGAAACGAAGGGGUUAAGCUGCAAAGGCAUACGGUGUGAGAAACAGAAUAACGCAUUUUCCACGUUAUUUGAGACGUUACAGUCCCUGUUUUGGUCAAUAUUUGGACUAAUCAAUCUGUAUGUUACCAAUGUCAAAGCCCAGCAUGAGUUCACUGAGUUUGUUGGGGCCACCAUGUUUGGGACAUACAAUGUCAUCUCUCUGGUUGUCCUGCUCAACAUGUUGAUCGCUAUGAUGAAUAAUUCUUACCAACUAAUUGCCGACCAUGCAGAUAUAGAGUGGAAAUUUGCUCGAACAAAGCUUUGGAUGAGCUACUUUGAAGAAGGAGGUACCCUGCCUACCCCCUUCAACGUCAUCCCAAGCCCCAAGUCCUUGUGGUACCUGGUCAAGUGGAUAUGGACCCACCUGUGUAAGAAAAAGAUGCGAAGAAAGCCAGAAAGCUUCGGAACAAUUGGGAGACGAGCUGCUGAUAACUUGAGAAGACAUCACCAAUACCAAGAGGUGAUGAGGAACCUGGUGAAGCGCUACGUGGCAGCCAUGAUCAGAGAGGCAAAAACGGAAGAAGGCCUGACGGAGGAGAACGUUAAGGAACUAAAGCAAGACAUUUCUAGCUUCCGCUUUGAAGUUCUGGGAUUGCUCAGAGGAAGCAAGCUCUCCACUAUACAGUCAGCCAACGCAGCGAGUUCGGCAGACUCCGAUGAAAAGAGCCAUAGCGAAGGUAAUAGCAAGGACAAGAAAAAGAAUCUCAGCCUCUUUGAUUUAACCACUCUGAUCCACCCAAGGUCGGCAGUCAUUGCCUCCGAGAGACAUAACAUAAGCAAUGGUUCCGCCCUGGUGGUGCAGGAGCCGCCCAGGGAGAAGCAGAGAAAAGUGAAUUUUGUGGCUGAUAUCAAAAACUUCGGGUUAUUUCAUAGACGGUCAAAACAAAAUGCUGCUGAGCAAAACGCAAACCAAAUCUUCUCUGUUUCAGAAGAAAUUACUCGUCAACAGGCGGCAGGAGCACUUGAGAGAAAUAUCCAACUGGAAUCCCAAGGAUUAGCUUCACGGGGUGACCGCAGCAUUCCUGGUCUCAAUGAACAGUGUGUGCUAGUAGACCAUAGAGAAAGGAAUACGGACACUUUGGGUUUACAGGUAGGCAAGAGAGUGUGCUCCUCCUUCAAGUCGGAGAAGGUGGUGGUGGAAGACACCGUCCCUAUCAUACCAAAGGAGAAACACGCCCAGGAGGAGGACUCAAGCAUAGACUAUGAUUUAAGCCCCACGGACACAUCUGCCCCUGAAGAUUAUGUGACCACAAGAUUGUGACACUUGGAGGAGGAGUGUUUACCCAUACCUAUACAUAUUUUCCAUAGUGCUCUGGGCAGGUGCAAUGUUUGAAAUUACAAUAUCAACUGCUAACUUACACUUUCCAGUGUUUAUCCAUUGUGGCGUAGUUAACCUGUAACAUGUUUGAACAAAGCAGAAGCAACAUGAAGCCUCCUCUUUUGUAGCCUGCUUUUGCUUUCACAGUUUAUUUUACAAGUGUUUCUGUUAAAUAAAUGCACCUUUUAUCCUUGUACUGUUACAAUAAGCCACAGAAAAUUUUUAGCUAUCUUUUUCAAUUAAAACCAAUGCAAAUGAUUCCAUGUGGUAAAGUGACUCCUACGAUAGAUAUUUUUGUAUGCAAAUGGUCUAUGUUGAAAUAAUAAACACAAGGCAUUUUCAUACCUUGGGGGAAAUUACUAGAGCUCACUCACUGAAGACGUUCAUCCAGCCUACAGUUUAGUUACUUCUUCAUGUAAAUAACUAUCAGACGCAAUUACAAAAAGAAAGCAUCUACCCAUGGGUCGACAUUCCGACAUUCUAUUACAAGAAACUCUGAUAUAGUUUGCAGAUCUCUUCAGCUAUCCAUGCAAUAGUAAAGUUUUGUCCUGAUUGACAAUUUGUGUUGGAAUUUUGUCAUGAAAUUUAUAUCUCUAACUUAAAAAAAAAAAGCUUUGGAUGUUAAACUCAACUACUUACCAACAUAAAUAUGGCCCUUUGUCCACAUUUUAGGCUCUUUGCAAGGUUCUCAGUAAUAAAAAAAUAAUGAAUUCUGAUUGUUCAAGUACUUUAGGUAACAUGUGCAACACAGGUGAAAAUAAAUUCAUGCCAGAAUCUAAAUACAAAAAAAAAAAAUUAUUUUCUGAAGCUCUGACCACUACGUGUCACUCAGUGAGGAACAAACAGCUUCUGCUUCCCCUGAACGAUGGGAAUACAUUUCUUUAAAACAAAGAUGACUCAAAACCUUUAUCAGUGAAAUUAACACAGUGAAAGUUUUGAAUUCCUGUUUACUUUGUCAUUUAUAAGAUUAUUUUCCUUAGAUUUCAUUCAUUUCCCAGACUUUUGAAAGAAGAAUAUUCACACAUGUUCUAAAAUAUCCCUGUGGAUUUCUUAAAGUUUCAGUUGUGUCAUUGUGUCUCCUUUACCCUCAUAGAAAGUCUCCUCACCAUGUGCUAUUAGCAUUUACUUUAAAGCAGCGAAAAUUGUUGAGUCUAUUUUACUUCAGGCUUUUCUCUGUGGACUACAGAAAUUAUGUAAUUUAGCACUUAGAAAAACUGUAUAAUAUGACCAAAAGAAAUGCAGCAAUAACGGUGUCAGCCACUCUUCCUGUGUGCAAUUCAGAUAGAUAGUUUUAAAUAGCAGCCAUUUCAUCUCAUGCACAAAUGAGGCAACUGAGUCCACUUAUAACCUAAGAUGUGUGAUGGAGCUUUUCCAUAUUUUAGGAACCAUUUACUUCACCACAGCUCUCCAAAAUAGAAAAUCUAGGAAAACAAUAUCUGCAUAGAAGGGUUUCAGUUCUGAGACCUUGUUUAUUUCAACAGUAAGUUAGGUAAAGCUCCAUAAAUAUAUGUGUCUAUUCUUAUAAAGCAAGACUCAUGCACAAAAUUAAAGCCUUUAGACCAAAUCACAUCACAGGAGUUAGAAGACUAAGCAAUAUGCAGUGUGGAAUCUCAACUGUGGCCUUGAAGUACUAGAAAAGCCAAGACAUUGCAUGCCUAGCCCUGUAUCUGGUUUGUCUGAGGAUUGGAGAGCAGGCUGGAGGCGUUUGGAGGGAAUGUGGGUAGUGUUUCAGGUACACCUCUAUUUCCAGUGCCCCAGCACAUAGAGUAAUCUACGGUCCUACCAAAAUACCCCAGCUACUCAGUGGUAGAAACCCUACAGGCUUAUUUCUAAUGUUGAGUUUCUUUUCUUUUCUUUUCUUUUCUUUUUAUUGCUAGAUCUUGCCUCUUGGGUGUUUUUAAAAUAAUGACCCUGUAUGUCACCUUUCUACAUAGCUUAUCAGAAUUGAAUUUCAAAUACUCUCUGCUCUUCAAACAACACUAAAAAUAAUAAAACCAACAAAACUUUUUUUUUCUUUCUUUCUCUUUUUUAUGUUAUGUUAUUUAUAUUGGUUGUUGUUGUUUUUGUCCAGUAGCUUUCCAUAUUGAGAGGGGUGCUGCCAUUUUCCUGGAAGCUGAUGGGUAUUUAUGUGGAUCUGGGAACACCUGCUUCUCAGUGUCCUGGGAAUAACUGUUUUCACAGCUCUGGAGGUGACUGAGAGGUGCCUUUAUGAGUAGGAAUGAAGUAGUUAGUGUCAAAUGCCCUUAAAAUAGUUUAUGCUUUGAUUAUAGUGUAGCAAUAACAAAGAGGAACAGACAGUACAGAAUGAGAAAGUGGAAAUAACAAUGGGUUUUCAAAGGAGACUGCCCUCAAGUCCUUUCAAGUGAAUAACUUGGGUUUUCAUUAUUAUUCUUGAUUAUAUAUAUAUAUAUAUAUACAUAUAUAUAUAUAAAUUUGCAAUACUCAAGUUUUAAAAUCACUUUCCAUUUGUGUCAAAGGCAUUUUCUUUGUUUUAUUCCUUCUUGAUAUUAAAAGAAAAUACACAUUUUGGGAGAGGAUUUACAGAUAGUCCAACUGAACAUUAACAAAAUUGAAACUAAAUAACAAGAUUACCUUCAAUUUAUAAGGAAGUGUGGUUUAAAGAGGACUUCCCAUGUGCCAGUAGUGAAAUCUUGACAUUCUCUGUAGAAUGUAAAUAAAUCUGUAUUAGCUUUAAUACAAAAACUGGCUAUUUAAAAAAUGGUAGUGGAUUCUUUUUGUAAAAUGAUGAAUUAUUUUUCAAAGUGUUUAUCAUCCUGAAAAAAAAAAUGUAUGUUUUGUGAGUUGCCUAUGUGUAUAUCAAAUUUUCUUAAAUUAUAUUUUAUUUACUGGCUGGUGAUUAAAACAGUGCAAAAAAAAAAAAAAGUCAUCUCUUGCCAUGACAUGAAUAGUACCUGACACAACUCAAUGAUCAAGUACAUGGAUACAAACCAUAAUAUUCUAUGAGUAAUAUUGGGAGAGUAAUAAAAAUAAGUCAAUGAAAAUUCAAGGGUAGCAAAAUACUAUUCUCAAAAAACAAAGUCAGUUUUCUAGCCAAUGCAGAGGCAAUCUAGACAAUAAUGGCAUGAAAAUGCAUUGUAAUACAUGUCCUAGUUCUUAAUAGACAUGGAAUUCAUCUGAGUGACUAGCUCUUAAGUCCCAUGACCCUCACCAAGAAUGUCAUUCCUAGGCACCUCGGUCUGUGUUAUCAGCAGGGUGGAUGGCUGUCUCCUACCCUCAGCAUCCUUCAAAACAAGCCUGAAAAAAACUACCUGAAAAUCCCCAUACAUAUGUUUACAAUGGCCCAAAUUUCAAAAGGACCACAUCUCUGAAUAUAGAGCAUAAUUCUGCAAGUAAGUUCUUCUUUUGAUUUUUUUCCCUUAAGUUUUAAGUGCAGAGCUGUUAGUCACAAAACUACUAACAGUAGUACUUCUCUGACAUUUCCCUUGGAUUCAACAAAUUAUAGUAAUUUUAUGGGGUCUCGUGCUGCAUUUAUCACAGGCAGUUUGACAUGAGUUAUUUAUUUGAAUUCUACACUUACAUAUUUAAACUGUCAUAAAUAAAUUCUCCAUAGAUAACUGAAGAAAUGAAGGGUCAUGAAAUUUAUGGAAACUCUCUAAGUUUAUCUUGCUGCUCAGUGACUGAGUUGAGUUGAAGUUUAAACCAAAAUUUGAGCAACAGCAAAGCUUUCAGCUUUCUGCUGUAUGUUUGGAUGGAGGAAUCAGUCUUUGUGCUGUUGGCAGGUAGACUUUCCAUCAAGAAAGGGAGGUUACUUGUUUACAGUUUCUUCAGUAGAAGGAAGACACCUGCAAGUGUCCAAGCUUUCCACAACGAAAAGCAACGCUUUUGUGCAAAAUGGUGUUAACAGGCUUGAAAGCCCCUUUCUUAAUGUUUUCUUGAAGAACGUAGUUUGCUUCAUAAGGUUAGACACUCUCAGGUUAGUGAUGCUCAGUGAGAUAAUGAUGUAAAUCACUGUUGGCGACAUCUUAAAAUAUUUUGCUUGAAGUGACGUAAGGUCACUGAAUGAGUGAAUAUUAACUGAAUGAGUUUUACAUUGUUUUGUGUUUUUUCUUACAAAAGUAAAAAUUGACUGCUAGAGAGAUGAAAACACAUAUAUGGCAAGCAUUUGUAAUAAUUCUCACCUCAGUUGUACCGCCUGUGUUACGAGGGUAAAGUUUAUAUAUUUGAAUCACUCAAAAUCAAACAAACA